AUGGUUGACAAAAAUUGGUCAUUGUUGUUACUGUUGGUGUUGAAAUGGACUGAGGAGGAAAAGGCCGAAAAAUGGGCAUUCUUAUUGGAGGACUCGAAGCACGUGGUGAAAACCGAUGCAGGGGAGAUGAGGCUGGUGAGGGGCUAUGCAAGCAAAUUCGCAAAGAGCCCAAUACACAUUGGGUUCAUUAGAAUGGAGCCUAAAAGUAAAGCAAAAAUUGGGCACAUAAACAAAGGUGAGCUUGUGGAAAGGAAGUUGAAGAAGGUAUUAAAGAAUUUUCUUACACUUGUUUUACAUGUGACGUGUAAAUAUUGGCAGUCGUUCUUCAUUGCUGGAGGAACAUAUCCAGCAUCAGUUCUUUCAGGAUUUGAUCACGCGACUUUGUCAGCCGCAUUCAAUGUCUCAGAAGCAGAACUAGGCAAGAUGUUUACAAGGCAAAAUCACGGCCCGAUCAUAUACUUAUCAAGCUCCCGUCACCCUAGCGUAUGGUCUAAAUUCCUUGAAAUGAACCAACAUGAUAAGCUAGCGCACAUGAAGAGAUACUUCAGAGUGAUUGUGAGAACAGACAGCUUUAUAAAUGUGUGGUCUGACCCUUGGAUCCCAAAUUUUGCUUCUGGUAUACCUGGAAAAACUGAUGUGGGGUUUAAUACUGUGAAAUGGCCCGACUUCAAGAACGAUUACGGGUGGAGCAUGGCGAUUUUGUUCUUCGGGUUAACCACCUCAGCCCACGACAACAAGCCCCAGUUCUUGGUGGGGAAAAACUCACUCCUCCGUGCGAUGAGAGAUCCUGAGUUGGAGGCUGCGUUGGACAUGAGCAAGGAUGGGUUGAAAAAGAUCAUCAAUGCUCAACGAGAAUCUGUUAUUUUGUCGGCUUUCAAGAGUAUAGACAAAGAGUUGGUC